CUUGAAACUAUUUUGAUGGACUAUGAGAGCUAUUAUUUUAUAAAAUUUCAGAAAUACCCCAAAAUUAUCAAAAAGGCACCAGACACAGCAGAAAGUAACUUACCACCAAGAAGUGGAGGGAAGGCCAGAAGGGUGAUGAAUGACAGUUGUCAAAAUCUUCCCAUGAUCAGUCAGCUGAGGCCACGGUCCAAAACUACGGUGGGAAAGCCAGGGGAAGCCAAACACCUCUAUAAGGAACAUCCUAAACAGGAGGUUGUCAAUAACACUGGCAUGGAGAGAGCCAACUUUGGCUUAACUAUAUCAGGAAUCAACAGAGGCCGUGGAGGAGAAAAUGUCCGUCCACAAAGAGGCCAAAUCAUUGACUUCCAAGGGCUGCUCACAGACGCUAUCAAAGGAGCAACCAGCGAACUUGGCUCGAACAGCUUUGAGUGUGACCCAGACCCUGCAGAACGACUGCUGAAACCUCUGAGUGCAUUUAUUGGCAUGAACAGUGAGAUGCGAGAACUGGCAGCUGUGGUGAGCCGGGACAUUUAUCUCCAUAAUCCAAACAUAAAGUGGGAUGACAUUAUUGGACUCGAUGCAGCCAAGCAGUUAGUCAAAGAAGCUGUGGUGUAUCCUAUAAAGUACCCACAGCUGUUUACAGGAAUUCUCUCCCCCUGGAAAGGACUACUGCUCUAUGGCCCUCCAGGGACAGGAAAGACUUUACUGGCCAAAGCUGUGGCCACGGAAUGUAAAACAACCUUCUUUAACAUUUCUGCAUCUACCAUUGUCAGCAAAUGGAGAGGAGAUUCAGAAAAACUUGUUCGGGUGUUAUUUGAACUUGCUCGCUACCAUGCCCCCUCCACCAUCUUCCUGGACGAGCUGGAGUCGGUGAUGAGUCAGAGAGGCACGGCUCCCGGGGGAGAGCACGAAGGAAGCCUUCGGAUGAAGACAGAGCUGCUGGUGCAGAUGGAUGGGCUGGCUCGCUCGGAAGAUCUCGUGUUUGUCUUAGCCGCUUCCAACCUGCCCUGGGAACUGGACUGUGCCAUGUUACGCCGCCUGGAGAAGAGGAUUCUGGUUGACCUCCCCAGCCAGGAGGCCAGGAAAGCCAUGAUCCACCACUGGCUGCCCCCCGUGAGCAAGAGCAGGGCGCUGGAGCUGCACACGGAGCUGGAGUACGGCAUGCUGAGCCAGGAGACUGAGGGCUACUCAGGCUCAGACAUUAAGCUGGUCUGCAGGGAAGCAGCUAUGCGGCCUGUGAGGAAGAUCUUCAAUGCACUUGAAGAUCACCAGUCAGAGAGCAGCGAUUUACCUGGGAUCCAGCUGGGCACAGUGACCACUGCUGACUUUCUGGAUGUGUUAGCUCACACCAAGCCUUCAGCAAAGAAUCUGACUCAGAGAUACUCAGCCUGGCAAAGUGAGUUUGAAUCUGUUUGAAAUCACAUUGACCCUGACCUGGCCACA